GUCCCAGCGAAAGCAAUUGGCUUGCUCGUAUAGCAAAAAAAUGUGUGGGACGCCGAACGGUUCGAAUCCCGUUCAAUGUAAACAAUAUGCACUGGCAUCUACUUGUGUUGAAUUUCGACAAAGAAGAGAUUCAAGUCCUCAACUCUCUGCCGCUUAUUCGUGACGAGGCCAAAGAAACUACACUGGUGGAGUGCAUUCAGACAUGCAUCAUAGAAGCAGUCCAGGGCGGCUUGGUACAAACACCAGGUCCCAUCAACAUUACAGAGUGGAAAAAAGUAUGCUAUACAAACAUCCCACAACAGGAGGAUGGCUAUUCUUGUGGGUCAUACACUCUGAAAUACAUGUUGUAUUGGGACGGGGAAAAGAUGACCGAUGAUUUCACACAGGCACAAAUUCAUAUUUUCAACUGGAAAAUAUGUACAAGCCUUCUACGUUCAGAUUGUAACAUGCUUCGACUAGAAUCCUAUGAGAAACCUAUACUGAAGAAGGCCUACAAAGCUAGAAUGGCAAAGCUUGACAAAGACAAUGCUGCAGAUGACGACAUCCAGGUAAUCAGCAAUCCAAAUGAUGCCAGCAAAAAGGAAGAAAGCCCUCCAAAUGAUGCCAGCAUAAAGGAAAUCAGCCCUCCAAGGCCAAUUGGUAGCCAAAAGCGGAAACGCGGGCGUCCAAGGAAGAUUGAAACUCUUAAACCUACUAAUCCUGUAAAGGAUCAAUAUAAAUUAGCCACAGAUGCUGUCACUGGGCUUGUGGAGGGAAGAGCACGCAGGAAAUCAAAUCCUGGGCCCCAACAGGUCAGCCCAUACAAGGAACUAUGAAACUCACAGGGAGUGGCUGUCAAGGGUAGUUUCAGAUGAGCUGCUCUUAUAGCAUGUGACAAUUUAGACACAGCCAUGUUCUUCAAUCUAUGCCUAUACUUAAGUUCUGCCAUUUUGUCAAUAUUGCUGGUAAACUUUGUAAUUUUAAAUUCGAACCGAUCUGGAGAGUUGUUACAUUUUAAUGUAAGCCAUUUGUUUGGCUUGACUAUUCUACAUGACUACUCAAUGCUGCAGUGUUGUUGGUGUGUUAUUCAAAA